AUGUGGCCAAAGGAGCUCAUCACCAUGGAGCCUGGGGAAACUGGUCAGCAGGUGGUCCUGAAGAAGAUCCGCGAGCUUUCUGAUUCGUCAGAGGACCUGGGCCCCGAGCCCAUCCUUGAACUCGCUGUAGCACACGUCAGCCUCGCAUCCUUCCCUCCCCUCUCCAGGCUGGUCCUGCGACUGUGGACUCAGGACAGAAACAGCAUCGCCCCCCUGAGCGCCAAGUUUGGGGCCAGACUGGAGGCAUGUGAAGAUCUGCUCAGAUCCGCCAGAGACCUGGGGCUGGCUGUGGUCGGAGUCAGCUUCCACGUGGGCUCUGACUGCCAGGAUCCCCACAACUUCACCCAGGCCAUCAUGGACUCCCGCCGUGUGUUGGACAUGGGGCGUGGGAUCGGGCAUGACAUGAACCUGCUGGACAUCGGAGGGGGCUUCCCCGGAGUAGAAGGCUCUGACCUUAAGUUCGAGGAGAUGGCGAGAGUGAUUAAUGCCGCCCUGGCCCAGCACUUCCCCGAGGAAAGCGGUGUCCGGGUCAUGGCGGAGCCUGGCCGCUUCUAUGCUGAGUCUGUGUUCACGGCCGCUGUCAACAUCAUCGCCAAGAAGGUUGUGCUGGAGCCAGGUGGGUGCCUCAAGCUGAUGUACUAUCUCAACGAGAGCCACUACGGGGCCUUCCGGUACCUCCGAAGAGAGCCUGUCCCUAGGCGGCCCAUUGUGGUGAAGGAGCUCCCCUUGGACCCACCUCUCUUCCCCUGCACCCUCUACGGUCCCACAUGCGAUGCCUUAGACAUGAUCUUCUUGGAGGAGGUGCAGCUGCCCCAGCUGGACGAGGGGGACUGGCUGAUCUUCCCCUCCAUGGACGCCUACACGUCAGCCAUGAGCUCCACCUUCAAUGGCUUCCCUCCCGCCUCCGUCUGCUACGCUAUGAGACCAGAGCUCAGGAGCCUGCUGGAGACAGACCCUUAA